AUGCCAUUGAGUGCAUGGCCCGCGCAGCUUUGCACCGUGUGUGCACUGCGCAGCUUUUCAUAUAAGUCCUUCACUUAUGGUGCGCGCACCAUAACCACAGCACCUCCUCGUCACAGGAAAAAGAAAUUAGAGCACCGCGUGCAGUAUAACUACGAUAUAUUUGCACCAGUUCCCCCAGAGGAACACUAUACGUUGCCCUUGGUAACUGCAGAGCACCUCGCACAGUCAAGGACGCGGCCGCAUUCUGUGCGUAUGCUGACGAGGGACUUUAUCUACGACAGCCUGUACAACCCAUACUACGGCUACUUUAGUAGGCAAGCUGCCCUCCUUCCUCACCGCGCGCUCCCAGUAUCGUCCACAUGUGCACCAUUACAGCCGGAGUUCGACUUUCGUGCCAUCAAGAACGAGACCGAGUUUAUGCGUGUAGUCCAGCAGCGGUACAUGGAAUUCGAGAAACGAUUCGAAGAGGCGCGGCUGAAGCGCGACAAGAACGCACAUAAAGACGGCCCCUCUUUGCAGGAGCGCAUCGAUGCGAUUGUCAAGGAAGAAAAACGGACGUCGUGGGGAAGUGCAGAGAUUCUCGAUCUCGCGCGCGAGAAAGGGCGUCUGCUGGAACUGCAGAGCACGAAUAGUAUGUCCGAGGCUGAGGUCGAUGCCAUGGCCGCCGGCCAGGUAUGGCACACGCCGACACAGCUUUUUAGUCCGUACUAUGGACGCGCACUUGCAAGGUACCUUGUCGCGGAGUACAAGCUGCAUCUCUUCCCGCACCACGACCUUAUCUUGUACGAGCUCGGCGGGGGUGCAGGUACGCUGUCGUGCGAUAUUCUGGACUACAUCGAAGAGGUCGAGCCCGAUGUCUACGCGCAGACUUGCUACGUGAUUGUAGAGAUUAGCGAGCGCCUUGCCACGCAGCAGCGCGAGAGACUUGCGCGGCAUAUCGUAAAUGGUGUCGUGGAGAUUGUGCACCGCGACUUUUUACAGUGGGACCAACAUGUACCGGAGCCGUGCUUUGUUGUUGCGUUGGAGGUGUUGGACAACCUGGCACACGAUGUGGUGCGCUAUUCCACCGCAAAUCUAGCGGCGUACCAGGGGCUCGUCUCGAUUGACCACACGGGCGACUUUCACGAGCUGUGGGAGCCGGUGUCGGACCCGCUCAUCCAGCGGUACUUGCGCAUCCGCUCGUCCGUGCGCCCGACACUCUUGCCGCCAGGUGCGCCAGCACACUUGAACUACCUGCCAGAGUCAAUGCGCGCCAUUCUGCACGAGCAUUUGCCUCUGUACCCGAACCUGACGCCGCCGCAUUAUAUUCCCACGGGCGCGCUGCAGAUGAUGGACGUGCUCAAAAAGCACUUUCCUUUGCACCGCCUCGUUCUCUCUGAUUUCUCGUCCCUCCCCGACGCGAUCGAGGGCGUGAAUGGCCCUGUCGUGCAGACGCGACACAAGGGGACCAUGAUCCCGGUGACGACCUACUGCGUCCUGCAGGGGUUCUUUGAUAUCUUCUUUCCUACCAACUUUGACGAUCUGCGGGAUGUGUAUCUCCGCGUCAUGGCCUCGCCACCGGCAGACCUUGCUACUGACGAGAAGCCCAGCGAAGCGGCUGCUUCUACGUCCCAUAACACCUCCGGCUAUUUCACGCCGACAUACCCACCCCCAUUCGCACAGGCGGACGGCUACGAAAACUAUGCACUCUCCCCUGCGCGCCUGUUCAGCGCCGAGGUCAUUCCGCCUCCACUGCUUUCCGCGUCAAGAGAGGCGCGUAUUGUCACACAUGCCGAGUUCUUGACGAGGUAUGCCGAAGUAGGUCAGACCCAGCUGCGCGACGGUACCAAUCCGCUCCUGUCUUGGUACCAAAAUGCCUGCUGGUUUCUUACGUAG